AUGACAAUAGGGACAUGGAAUGUCAGGACCCUCCUGGACGUGAACAAUUACAGACCAGAGAGAAGAACCGCUCUUAUCACCCAAGAACUAGCCCGUCUAGAUAUAGACAUAGCUGCCUUGAGUGAGACAAGACUCUCAGGUGAGGGACACAUUAGUGAGGUACGUUCAGGGUACACCAUCUUCUGGAAGGGAAAGGAUGUAGGAGAACCACGCAUCCAUGGUGCAGGAUUUGCCGUAAAAACGAAAAUAGUGAAAGAUCUUCGACUUACACCUGUCUCAAUUAAUGAAAGACUGCUGACUCUUAGAGUACCCAUUGGUUCAGACAGAUUCAUCACCUUCGUCUCUGCAUAUGCUCCUACUUUAGACAGUGAUGAAGACACAAAGAAUCAGUUCUACCACCAACUGAACAGUACUCUCUCUAAAAUACCCAUUCAAGAUAAAUUAAUUUUACUUGGUGAUUUCAAUGCCAGAGUGGGAAGGGACAACCGUUUUUGGAGAGAUGUCAUGGGUAAACAAGGGGUGGGAAACUGCAAUGCAAAUGGGUUGCUACUUCUUGGUCUAUGUGCUGAGCACGAGCUUUUCAUCUCCAAUACCCAAUUCCGUUUGCGUAACCGCUAUAAGACCACAUGGAUGCACCCACGCUCCAAACAUUGGCAUCUUAUAGACUAUGUUAUUACGCGACAGCGUGACAAGAAAGACAUUCUCAUCACAAAAGCAGCACUAAACAUCGAUGAGUGCUGGACGGACCAUAGACUUUUAGUCAGCCGUUUGAGAGUACCAAAGUAUUGCAAGCCACGAUCCCACUUUUCAAACCCACCACGCAGAAAAUUCAACAUAAGCAACCUGAACAACAAAAAUGUUCGCUCACACUUCCAAGACAUACUGUCCGAACAACUUAACAAAGCUCCAGCAACCACAGAUGACGUCGAACAAGAAUGGACCACAUUAAAGAACAUCAUCAAAGAAACUGCUGAGAAUGUUGUUGGUUGUAGUGCACGGAAAAGAAGUGACUGGUUUGAUGACAACCACGGAGAAAUCCAAGCCAUCAUCAAUGCAAAGCGGGAUGCUUACCUAUCCCUUGCUCAAGAUCCAUCCUGA